ACACACACGCACACACACACACACGCACGCACACACAUAUACACGCCCUCCACCCCCAUCGCUGCAGUGUCUCAACUGCCUUGGAGCAAACGAGAGGAGGAUACUGACGUGUAAAAGCCACAUUAAAGAUAGAGACAGGCAAUGUAUGUGUGUGUAUGUGUGUGUAAGUAAUCGGGAACAUGAGGAAGACACCAAAAUGAAGACGUGCGAGUAAAAGGGUGGAUUGCUCAGAGGCGUUCAGGGGGCUCAUCUGCAGUAUCCUUUGUAAACGGAUGCUGGCUUGUGAACACGACUCUAAGAAGAAUUUGCAACCCUGUGAAGAUAAGUCUCACUCUGGGGUGGAUGAUUGCGGUGAGCUGACUGGGAGGAGGCAACACAGGAGCCAUGCGGGAAUGGAGUGAGAGAAUUUUCCCAAUCACACCCGUCAAGCCCAAACACUUCCUCCACUGACAUAAGCCGAAGGUAGUCCGCCUUCCUCCAGCGAUUCUCCUCGAGGGGAGCCCCUGCUAUGAUCCCCAUCUCCCUCGGCUUCAGCAGGCAGUCGAACCUCAGUGCAAGGCACUGUGUGGGCAUCCCACAAGUCUGGGUUUUGCCCACACGGGACUCACAGACUGCCCCGGAGGAAGAAGAAUGAGACACUUCUGAGUCACUCAUUUCUGCGGAGGCUCUUCUGGCUCGUUCUGACGUAGCACCUUCUACCGACAAUCCUCGACCCCCUCCAAAGUCCCCAUCACGUCUUCUCUGCAAUUAGUUCACCCGUCAAGCGUCAGCACGAGUUCCUUCGCGCUCACCACGUGGUGGAGGACCAUGGGAUGCCGUCAGAGCUCGGAGGAGAAGGAAGCGGCUCGACGCUCGCGGCGAAUCGACCGCCACUUGCGAUCGGAGAGUCAGCGGCAGAGACGUGAGAUCAAGUUAUUGCUGCUGGGCACCAGCAACUCCGGCAAGAGUACCAUCGUCAAGCAGAUGAAGAUCAUCCACAGCGGCGGCUUCAACCUUGAGGCCUGCAAGGAGUACAAGCCCCUCAUCCUGUACAACGCCAUCGACUCGCUCACCCGCAUCAUCCGUGCCCUGACCACCCUUAAGAUUGACUUUCACAAUCCCGAUCGCGCCUACGACGCUGUGCAGCUCUUUGCCCUCACGGGGCCGGCGGAAAGCAAGGGAGAGAUCACUCCGGAGUUGCUGGGAGUCAUGAAACGCCUCUGGGCAGACUCUGGGGUCCAGGAGUGUUUUCAGCGAUCCAAUGAGUACCACUUAGAGGACAAUACCGCUUACUACCUAAACGACCUGGACCGCAUUUCUGCGCCCGAGUACAUCCCGACGGUGGAGGACAUUCUGCGCUCCCGAGACAUGACCACUGGCAUUGUAGAGAACAAGUUCACCUUCAAGGAGCUCACCUUCAAGAUGGUAGACGUAGGCGGACAGCGAUCCGAGAGAAAGAAGUGGAUCCAUUGUUUCGAGGGCGUGACAGCAAUCAUUUUCUGUGUUGAACUGAGCGGCUAUGACCUCAAACUCUACGAGGACAACCAGACGAGCCGAAUGGCCGAGAGCUUGCGUCUCUUCGACUCCAUCUGCAACAACAACUGGUUCACCAACACUUCGCUCAUCCUCUUCCUCAACAAGAAGGACCUGUUGGCUGAGAAGAUCAAACGCAUUCCCCUGACAGUCUGCUUCCCCGACUACAAGGGCCAGAACACCUACGAGGAAGCCGCCGUCUACGUUCAGCGGCAGUUUGAGGACCUCAACCGCAACAAGGAGACCAAGGAGAUUUACUCGCACUUCACCUGCGCUACCGACACCAGCAACAUCCAGUUUGUGUUUGACGCUGUCACGGACGUGAUCAUCCAGAACAAUCUCAAGUACAUCGGGUUGUGCUAGGACUCGACGUUUGGUUGGCGGGUGGGUAGUUGGUUUAGCUCUCCGAUGAAGUGCAAGAAUGACAGAAAAAAAAAUGCAAAUGAGAAAGGAAGGACGGUUAAGAUUGAGAUUUUUUAGUGGGGACAAAGACGGGAUUUUUCUUUUUUUUUUUUUUUGCACCGAAUAGGCAGACACCCACACAGAUAAACACCUUUUCUGUUUUGCUCACACAAGAUUAAGACGUGGCAACACUGAGACAUGUACGACAGUUUCCCCACCUGCCUGCCAAACAGAAGACAAAAUACUCGCCCGUGUCUCUAGUCGGGAAGCAAAAUGUGGGUAGGCAUGAUGUCACAGGGUCUUUGCCUAAAAGAAGAAACUGCCACAGUUUAAAAAAAUAUUUUCUAAGCACUAUUUCUGUUCUUCUCCACCAAACUCUAUAAAGGCUGUUCUGUUCCUCUUUUUGCUUUUUUUGUGCAUUGAUAAAAAAAUAUGUAUGACAAACCUGCCUUUUAUAGCAGGCCACUGACUUACCAGGAGUGUUAGCGUCAAGUGUUCACCAUGAUAAUUCUACUUUCCAGCAAAGACGACAAAAACAGUGCCAAGAUCAGUUUGUAAAUAAAACAUUGAUGACAAUAAUUUUUUUGUUUUGUUUUUCUGGGGGAAAAAAAAAACCACCCUAAAACAUGCAUGAUUUUGUUACUUUGGGAUACUACUCUAUUUUCCUUGGAAUUUUCUUUUUGUUUUCUUAGGUUUGCAAAGUAUAUUCCCAAAAAUAUAUAUUGAAGUCAAACACUGUGUAAGAUUGUACAGCUGUCAAGAGAGGAAUCUAUUGAAGAGUUCUAUCGGGGAUGCUACGCUGGUUCAAAAAAAAAAAAAAAAUGAUGAUGAUGAUGAUGAUAGGGUCAAGUCUCAUUCGUGAAAAUGAGAAAAGGAAAAAGGACAACGGAAAAAUAUGAAAAAGACGACGCAAAGUUCAAUCUUCCUUGCAUUCUCUAAGUGGAAAUUGUCCAACAGUUGGUAUGAUGUGUAAAUAUACUGUCCGGUACACUCUUUGUCAAAACAAAUAAUAAUAGUGGUUGAGUUGGGAGGACUGCAAGAGACAAAGAGAGCGAAAGAGAAGGAGAAAGGGGAAUUCCAUUUUGCUCCUCCUCUUUACCCUUCCUUUCGGUUUAUGAUGUGCCAACAACCGAGCUAAGGGCUUCACGCUUGACUUUACAGGAUGUCCACUUUGAGAGAAAAAAAACAGUACAAUUAAAACGAAAUGAAAAAGGAUAACUACAAAUAAAACAACUUAUGCAAAUUUU